AUGAAAGAUACACAAAUUUUUCCAAUUACUGAAGAAGAUAAAAGUUUCGAUGCGGCCUAUUCAGUAAUUUCAGAUAAAAGGUUAAGGGAUUAUUAUGAUAGAGAAAUACAUGAUGAGAUGGUCACCUUUGAACUUGAAUACUUUAAAUCAUUAAAUCAAAAAAAUCAUACCCUACUCUCAAUUAUGGGAAUUUUAGCAGCAAGAUUUAAAAUAGCUUCAUUUGUUAUAAAUACAACUCCAAGUUAUUCUAACUCACUUGGAGUUCUUCAAUCAUUCAAUAGAAAUAAUAAUGCAUUUUCAUUAGGUAAAAUCAUUUUAGCACAAACCUUUGCUCCUUCCUUACUACGACCACUUUUUAAAUUAAAGGAUGAAUUAAUCUAUCCAUCCUCAACAAUGGGUAAAUUAAUGGAUGAAAUUCUAUGGUGUUAUACAUCAUUUGUUGCAUUCUCACUUGAAUGUUAUAUACAAACUGCCAACAAACUAUCAUUUUUGGAAUUAAUUAAAAAAGUUGUACUUUGUCAAGAUGGGGUAACUGGAAAAUUAAAUUUUAAAAAUGAAGCCUACGCUUUUAUUUCAUCAGUUGCGAUGCAUACUACAGGUAGACUUAUAAAGGGUAUUGUAAAUAAAUUACAUAAUAUAUUAAUUGAAUAUGUCGAAUCUAAAUCAUUAGAGAAUCCAAAAUCAACAUUUUGGAGAAAUUCAACACUCAUAAUUAAAUCAAUAUACGCUAAAACCUUUUUAAGAACGUUGGCUAUCGUUCCAUGCGAAACAGUUCUUUGUCAAUUGUCUUUUUUAUUCGUUCAACGUUAUCUUGGUAAUUCUGUUAAUUUAUUGUCAACUAAUCCAAUCUCAAUAGCAACUAAUUUAGUAAAAACUCAAGGAUAUAGAAAAUUAUAUAAGAGCUUUCCUUUUUCCUAUGCAACAUUUUUAACAAAUGAAUUAAUUACUUCUACAGUCAACUAUGCAUAA